UGUGAACUUUUCCCCUGGGAUCUCUGUCUACUCGAUUGUUCUGUGUUUGCUCCCUUCAGUCCCAACUCGCCUUCGAAAACACCUCCGUACACACUCUUCGCCAUGGGUGACAACAACCAAGCUACUACGGGCUACAACCCUGGAUCCAAUGCCUCCGACGCCGCUGCUUGGGGCAAGGGCAAGGGAAAGGCGACCGACCCUGCUCGGGAAAUGCGCAUGGAUGACGAUGAGAGUGAUGAGAGCGAGGGCGAAGAAAUGCUCGAUGAAGAUGAGGACAACGACAACCUGGAGCCCAUCUCCGCCGACAACAUCAUUUCCGGUGGCCGUCGUACGCGUGGCAAGAACAUCGACUUCCAAGAAGCUGCCGAGAAAUUGAAGGCCGAUGAAAUGGACGAUGAGGACGAUGAGGACGACGACUACGUCGGGGCUGCUGAUGAAGAUGAUGAGAACAAGAUGCGCGACUAGAAUCGGAUCCAGUAACGAUACCAACACAACAUAGGGGCGGCGAGCGCGAAUAAGAAAUGGGAUGGCAGGCGCAGGGUCUUUUUGAGGGUUUCUUCGGUUUCAUUUACGCGGGUUACACUUUCCAUCUUCUACCCAUCUCAUGAUGUUGACAUUCCUGGAUUGAUAUGGAUACGGGUCAUUACUAUGA